AUGUCUAUCAGCAUUGGUCAGAACCGGACAAAAUCCGAACUUGUAUGGGCCAAACUCGAUCAUCCAAGACUAAAUAGAAGAAGUUAUUACAACGAUCCUUAUAAUUGUUCAUACCAAUCUAACCAUGGUUAUGAGUACCCUCGAUAUGAUUCCCUAAAUGAACCCUACGGGCACCGGAGCGCUUUGCCAGGAGGCAUAUGGCACAAUUCAGACCAACACUAUCCGUUGAGGAAGGCAUUGCCUGAAUAUUCUUCCUACAACUCAAACUACUACUAUGAUGCUACUCCAAUGGCUGCCGCCGGCAGUGCUUGCAGCCACUACUAUUAA